CGGAAUGGUAUGCGAAAAAUUCUGAUAUCCAAUAUGUACCAUUUUAAUAGCAUAAUUGAUAUGUAUGUCGUUACUGUAUUGACAACUUUGAUUAAAACUUCUAGAGCCAGUUUGAAAAAUGCAAGUGAAAUUGAAUGCUUAGAAGCCGACCCGGCGAGCUUAAUCCGAGAUAACCAGUAUGAGGCUUUUGACAGGUCACUGAACUUCCUUACACUAGCAGAUCUGGAAGCAGCAUCCGGAAUUUGUGUUCCACUUUUGCCUUUAAGAUUGACAGGCCUCUUAGGUCUAGACUCAGAUAUUGGAGUUACGUUCGAGGCCAAUUUUGGGGAGGGAUUGGUUGUUGUUGACUUCGCAAGAAUAGAGAGCCUUCGAGGUGGCUUAGCUGAUUUCUUCUUGCCAGAGAGCUCAAGCACACUGACACUCUAAUUACAUUCGAUGCUGGUCUCUCCCUUAGUGUAGAACAAAAAGAAAACCGCACUUGCAUGGGUCAAUUGGAAUUAUGCUGCUAAGUGCUUACAGCUCUAAAACAAAUUGUUUUGAUACACCAGAAAUCAACUAUUUCUUCAACCAAUGAUAUUGGAAUCACAUAACCAGUUGAAUAAGAUUAAAAUCUUGUGUUUUGCAGUUCAGACUGUUUCAAACUGAAAAACACCAACAAUUAGAUGUAGGAGUCCUCCCUCGUUAUCUAGGAGUCCCUCCUAGUCCAAUAUUAGUGUUUUGUAGACUGCAAAACCCAUUUUUUGUAAUAUAAAGACACAUCCAUCGAAAGGAUAUACAUGUAUAUAUGUUUAAUAGUUCAGACCAGGAAAAAAAAUUAUCAAUCCGGAGUGAAAAUGUCAUUUUUGCCUUUAAUGAAUCAGUCAGCGAUAUCAUCACUUUAUUAAAGGCAGAAGAAAUGACAUUUCCAGCCCAAACUGAUAAUUCUUUUGGCAGUCCAAACUAAAAAACUGCAUCCACAUCUGGCAAAACACAUUCCAUUAACGGCUUCUCAAAAUCAUACAUUUUACCAUAAUUGGCAUUAUUCUAUGCCCACUGCUUAUAUAAUAUAUGAGUUUUUCUACCAUAUGCCUGAGAACAUCCUAUUAGCAUUAAUUAUCUUUGAAAAAAUAAAACUUGAUAUAUAUAUAUAUAUUUUUUGAACAUAAAUAAAACUUGAUAUUUUAA